AUGGAGGCCGCGCGGCUCAUCGACUUCACCUUCAUGCGACGUCACAAGUACAGCGCCAACGAAGUCCGCAGCCUCGCCGUCUUCCCCUUCAUCUCGGAGGAACAAGUCGACAAGCUUCUCACCGAAAAAGACGACUACUAUGUCGCCGCCCGCGUGACGGACAGAGACUACGAUUUUUGGCAGUUCUGGCAGGACCACAAAGAGAAACUCCCGACGUGGUUCGCCGUAGUGUUGGACAUUGCUCUAGUGCAACCCUCGUCGGCUUUCAUGGAGCGCGUGUUUUCGACAGUACACUCUUGCUUAGACUCAAGUCAGAACAGCUGCUUGUCAGACAGGAUCAUGGCUGCCGCCCUCAUCAAGUACAACCGAGGAAGGGAUAGGCAUUCUCUGAAGCUGCGGUAUGACAAGGAGGAAUUAGCAGAGGAGAAGGAGGGGGAAGCAGAGGGGGAGGAAGAGGAGGGGGACGGGGAGGAGGAGGAGGAGGAGGAGGAGGGGCCUGGCGGUGGAGGGGCUAGCGCGGAGGCGGGGGUGGUAGACGUGGACAUGAGCGAGGGGCAAUAGACGACAUGAGAGAUGAAACACGAAAGAGUAGGCUUCGGAGGCGUAUGGUAUGAAAUAGUACUCUUUUUCUCAAUGAUGACUAGUGAUAAACCGGUCCAUUACUGCGACUAGACACAGAGUUAUUUACUUCCAAAGAACACAGAUAAAUGGACGAGCCCCGAUCCAUCUUGCGCAACAAGCAUAGGAUGCACGAGAGGGUGUUAAAAGGGUACCUGUACGGGCUAG